GUUUCUGUUUGAAAGAGUACGUGUAUUCUAUCAUGCCUCCUAAAACAAGUGGUAAAGCUGUCAAAAAGUCUGGCAAAGCCCAGAAGAAUAUUUCUAAAACUGAUAAAUCGAAGAAGAAGCGUAAGAGGAAGGAGAGCUACGCUAUCUACAUUUACAAAGUACUCAAGCAAGUCCAUCCUGAUACUGGAAUUUCUAGUAAAGCAAUGAGUAUCAUGAAUAGUUUUGUCAACGAUAUUUUCGAACGUAUCGCCGCUGAGUCAUCCAGGUUGGCUCAUUACAACAAAAGAUCGACGAUCACAUCACGCGAAAUUCAAACAGCUGUUCGACUACUUCUACCUGGUGAGCUAGCUAAACACGCUGUAAGUGAAGGGACAAAAGCUGUUACCAAAUACACCAGCUCCAAAUAAAUUGACCCUAACAAUAAACAAACGGCCCUUUUAAGGGCCAUCAAAUA